GUUAACUACUAAAGUGACAGUGUUAUUCAACGACAACCGCGAAGAGAGUGUUGCCAAUAAUAGGAUCAAUAAGUGAAAGGCACUGUGGUUGUUUUAUGCUGAAAGACAUUUUAUGUUGUUCGAAUAUGGAUGAAGAAGUCAGUGAUUCUCCAUCGUCUGGAAGGUUAAAUGCUGAUCGAGUGAACAAUGCUAACCUAUCUGAGCGACGCCCUCUUCUGACUUUGGAAACAACCACAAAACGUUGGCAGAGAUUCUUGGAGCUACCUGGUUUAGAAACCUGGCAAACUGUACUGGACAGAAUGAUUCACAGCUAUUGUGGAUACUGAUUAGGCAUUCGGCAUAAGCGAAUGAUAUGGCAGUGGUUGGUGUCUCCACCUGUCGAUGUUUUAUUGAACCAAUUUUUCCAGCUUUCUUGUCUUUGCUCUACAGUAGAGAUUACUAUACGGUUGGAGAAGGAAAACAAAGUAAAAUCGUAUUACUCGAUGGACGUCAGUUGGAUAUUUUAGUACAGCCUAAACUCUACACAAGUGAAUUGCUUGAUAUGGUUUCUUCCCACUUAAACUUGAAAGAGAAGGAGUAUUUUGGGUUGGCAUUUCUCGACGAUUCAGGUCAUUAUUGUUGGUUACAAAUGGAUAGAAAAGUUAUGGAACAUCAGUUUCCGAAGAAAUAUAACAACGGUCCCCUAAUUCUUCAUUUCAUGAUAAAAUAUUUUGCGCCGAGUAUAAGAGAACUCCGUUAUAACGUCACUCUUGAAGCUUUCUAUCAACAAGCCAAAAUUUUGGUUUAUGAGGGUGUUAUUGAGCCGAACAGUGAAACUGUUUUCUACUUGGCAGCACUUGCACUACAAGAAAUAGCAGGGGACUACACUGACGAUCAAAAGGCCAAAGAGCAGUUGAAACAUCUACCAGUACUACCAACAAACACACUGAAGAAGCAUCCAUCAUUAUUUUUUUGUGAAGAAAGAGUCAUAACACAUUAUAGGAAUCUGUGUGGGAGUUCUCGAGGAGCUACUAUAAUAAAGUACAUGAAAAUUGUAGAGCGUAUUUCAGCGUAUGGAGUUCAUUAUUACGAAGUAAAGGACAAGGAAGGACUUCCUUGGUGGAUUGGACUGAACUAUAAAGGGAUCAGUCUAUAUGAUUACAUCGACAGAAAAACCCCGAGAAAAUUCUUUCCCUGGGAGAAGCUAGAAAACAUCUAUUUCAAGCAAAAGAAAUUUUCUAUUGAAGUCCGUAAUCGAAAAAGGGUACAUACCACAAGAAGACCACUUGGAUCAGGUAACCUUAAAAUACACACGUGGUUUACUACUACUUCUACUUUGGCAAAGACUAUCUGGAUGAUGGCUGUGGCACAACACCAGUUUCAUUUGGUUCGCAACAAUGGAAGGAAUCGAGUUAGUUCGUUAAGGAACUACGAAGAAAUGGCCGAUACUCUGUCCAGAACCUUUCCAUCUUCCAUUUCUUCGAGAUCCUCGCCGUCCUUGAGAAUGAGUAGGAGCUCACCAAGUUUGUCAGUAUUUAAACGGGAAGGUUUAGACAGAGUAAUAGAAUGUAUUGAUUCGGGCCAACUGGACAUGAAGGCAGCUUUAAAAGCACGAAAAGAAACCCUGGAAGAAGCUCUGAGGCAUAAAACAGACGAGUUAAAACUAUUAUGCAUCAAAGAAGCGGAACUGACGGGCGAAGUUCCUCUUGAUAUUCCAUUGGCACCCGGUGAAGCGCCUCCUAGCGUGAGAAGACGUGUUGGAACGUCGUUUGCUUUAAAUGAUAAAUUGUUUCACAAGGCCCGAUCAAAAAAGGAGGAAGCCUUAACGAAAGUAGAGUUGGAAUACGAAAUACAAAGUAAAAUCGCAAGCGCCGCAUUAAAACUUGCCAGCGACACAACAGUUAAAAGAAACGUGAGAAAACAGAGGAAAACAGCACAUCAACGGGCUGUAAUCAAGCUCAAAGACUUGGAACAAAAGUUAGCUACAUUAAAGAAACAAACGGAAAUUAUAAAAGCAAAGCAGAGAAAACAGUCAUCUGAUGGAGAACAAAGUAGAAACAAUCACACCCAUUCUGAAGAUGAAAAAGGUGAAAGAAACCUUUUGAAGGAAGAUAAUGAUCUGUAUGAUGCUAGUUCUCAACAGAUAACCAGAAGUAAUGGAAAGAAGAGCAGGGAAUUGCUAAACAAGGAUGUUCUAGUUUCCAAAAAUUCAUCAACACCAAGUUCUUCUUCAUUUUCCUUUCGGCAGUUUUUGUCUUCACUUGCCAUGCCAAUGAGUCCUUGUUCUGCACCAUCAAGUCCAAUCAAGCAUCGCCAGCCUUCUCAGGAAAGAAGGCGGUUUAGCAUGUCCUUACCAAGAAGUCCCUUUCAAACAGCAAGCUUAAGCAUUAGAAGAUUAUCAGCUCAACCUUUUACUGAGCAAAACUAUAAAGCUAAUGCACUAAAUCAACUGAAAAUUUGCUCAGUUACUCAACAGCUCACCAAGAUAUGUAGUUCAGGACCUCAGUCAACAUGCUCAGCCUGUUCUGAUUAUGAGACAAUCAGUUCUGAAGGUGGAAGUGCUCUAUCUCUUCGAACAAGCCAUAUUUGCCCCAGAUUUGAGUUACGUGUAGAUGCAAAAAUGUCUGACUUUUGCAACCAGGACAGUCAGAGAACUAGUCUAUCAUUAGACAGCCCAAGUGACAUCCUGAACUCCUCUUUAAGUAAUUGUGAUGAACAGAAUGAUUUGUUCCGUGAUAGUUUCUCAGAUGAUUGUCGGUGUCUUCCAAAACAUCCCAAUCAUGCAAGGUGUUUAUCGUUUGAUUUUUCUUCCAAGUCCAAAGGUUAUGAUAAAUUCCUUUCUGUUCCCAGAGAAAUACAGAAAUACCAUAAAUACUCUGAUACUUCCAUAAGCAGUAUUUCUCAAACCUUUGAAAGCAAUGCUGAAGAUCAGCUUAAUAGAUUCUCUAAUAAAAACAUCUCAUCUCCAAACAUUCAUCCCAAUAACUCAGGACAUCUCUUCAAUAAUGGGAAUAAUAAUAACAUUAACAUAAAAGAUCAGCAGCUGCAUAAGUAUCAUGAUCAUUCAGGAAAUGAGGGUUCAGAAACUGUUAAAGGAAUUCCAGAAAUUGUGUUUCCCUCAUCAGAAGAAAAUAUUACUGUUGUUGACAAAAGUAAUACUCAUAAACAUUUUCAGCAUUUUUUGUCAGUAAAACAGAAUCGCUCUUAUAAUGAGGAGACUUCUGACUAUAGUUCUGUCCAGAACAAUAAAAACUACUCUUCACACAGCAAGAAAACAGAGUCACCUAAUUUACUGACUUCUAGUGAAGUAGCAGAACCUAUACAUGUUGUUAACCCUUCCACAUCAAACACAACCCAAAGUAAUGAAAACCAGCCAUGGAAUAGCAAAUAUUUGUUACACCAUGCUUUGAACCAAAGACGUGGCAGUGACAUUUACAGCUCUCCAGAAUCAUCACCAAAGAAAACUCCAUUUUCUCCAGGAAACCCAUUAAACAGAAGAAAAGGUUCCUUUUCAUUUCAAAAGGAAUAUACUCUUGGAGGAAUUAAUCGAUCAGCUGAAAUGAAGUCUUUACUUUCAUUUUGGUCAUCAUUAAAUUCAUCAGCCAGUCAGCAUUCAUCAUUACCCAGUCAUUAUUCUUCAAAAAAUAUGUCACCUAGUCAGAAUCAGUCAGAAAAUCAAAAUGUACCAACCAAUCAGCAUCCUUCAUUAAAUACAUCAUCUAAACAACAUUUGUUAGUAAGUUCAUCAUCAAAUUGUUCAUCAGUGAAUUCCUCAGUCAAUCAAUGUCUUUCACUAAAAUUAGCACCUACUCAUUGUUCAGCACUAAAUGCAUCAACCAAUCAGCAAACAUCAUUAAAUUCAUCAAUCAAUCACCAUCUAUCAGCUAAUAAAUAUUCAUCUAAAAAUAUUUCAAAAAAUCAGAAUUCGUCUCCAGAUGCAACAAGAGGUUGUUAUUUUCACAAAGGCAAUCAAGUAAGUGCCUCCCUGUCACUAAAUAAUAGAACACUUAAUAACUCUUUUAAUCACACUUGCAUGUUUAACCAUAGUACAAUAUGUGAAGGUGAGAGAAGUUCAUCUACAUGUAGGUAUAAUAUUGCAUUUAAGAAGCAUUCCAUUGGAAGAGAGUUUUCCAAUUCAGACUUUGAAACAACCAGUACAUUAGUUGAAGAGUCCACCAACUCAUCUUCAGCUGUGAAUUCUAGCAAAAAUUGUAUAUUUCCUCAGAUCACUCCUGCUUUUGGUUCUGCUCAAAAUGAAAUGUUUUUAACUGGAAAACCACCAAAUGUCAGUCACAUCAUAAUUUCCCCAUGUCUUAAACAAGCCAAUCUAAGUGAUCAGUCACAAGAAGUAUCAGAGGUCAACACACAUUCAUCAGAAGGAAAAACUACAGGGCUAAACCAGGAGCUAGAUACUUGUCCAAAAGUGCAAUCGUUUGAGUUUGAUGCCUCUACAAGUAGCGGGUCUCUUGCUGAAGAUUUUCAUCAUGAAAUGAUUGCAUGGUAUGAAAACCAUGAGGGUAUGAAGAACACAACGUUUCUUUAAAAUUCAGCUGAUGUAUUUUCUACCUCUGGAUGCUGAAAGCUUGAGGAAUUAUGAAAUUCACAUAAUCUCAAUGUUAACACUGGGGAAAACAAACUCAAUUUGGGGCCAUGAAAAAUUUUCUAAAAUUCUUAAACCUAUUCAGUAGGAAGAACAACACAGAAAGUUGUGGAAGAACACCUAGUCUAAAGUUUUACUUGUAAAAUUUUUUCAGAGAAUAAUAUAUAAUUGUAUUCAUGUAAAAUUAUUGAAUCUUGUAGUUUUCUGAGAGCCUAAUAUAUUUUCUUAGCUAACUCUUAUCAAGGUAUAGCACUUAAAAUAACUUUUUUACUAACUACAUAUUUAUGUCAAGUUCUUAGUUGUAAUUAAAAUUUAUGAGCAUUAAAAAUAUUUCAAUAUGUAGUCUGAAAAUUUUGUAUACAGGUACAAAAUUUGUCUUCCAUUAUUUAAGUCCAAUAAGUGUUCAUUAGAUGAAUAAACAAAAAAAAAACACUGGUGCAUUACCAAAGAAUACAAUUUUCAAGGGUAUUUCAAUGAAAUGCUGUAUACGUAAACAUUACAUGACAUAACAUUUGGAUCAUACAGCUGGCCUAAUUGUGAAAAAUUAUACUUUUGUCCCAUUACUGUGAAUCUACAAGGAAGUGUGUGUAUAAAGCUAAAUGUUUCUACAAGUCCAUUUACACUAAAAUUAUAUAUAAUCAAUAUACAACUAUAUUAAUAACUGAUGUUUUGAUGACUUUAAAUAAAAUGUAUAAUUUUGUAAGAUGUGCUGUCAUGUUAAAUGUAUUUAAAUAAAAACAAAUUUAGGGUAGUUUCCGCUUUUACAUGAACAUAGGAUAUAAUGUGAACACCAGUACAACUGCUCAUAGUUUUGAGAAACAACUGCAGUAUGAUAGCUACCGAUAUUCUAAAACUGGUUUUAAGUUAAAAAUGUUAUAAAACAAAUAUCUGUUUCAUACAUUUACAUAUUUAUAUACUUACACUAAACACCUACUAGUGUCAUAAAUGAGACUUAAAAGGUCUUUAAGCUCUACAUGUUCAGGGUUAUUUGGUUUGAGAUAAAAAUUUGGAGUUUGCAAAUUGUGUUUUGUUUCUCUAAUGUAUUAGGCUUAAUCAUAUUAUUAUUAUCAAAACAUGAGAUGGUACAUGUAAAAUGUGAUGUAUUAUGUAUGUUGUAAAAUUACUUGUGUGGUUUUAUGAAUUUCUCAGAGAGAAUGAAUAGAUAAAUGUAUAACUAA